CGUCCCUACUGGCGUGAACACGUCUAGUAUUAAGGUUAAAAAAAAUAGCGUAAAUAAGAAAUGUUAGUGAAAGUAUUGUUUAUGUUUGUUUUGGCGGGUAUCGGUCGCGGCGAUGGAUCGUUAAAGUUGUCUAUGACGGUUCUGUACGAGAGCAAAUGCCCCGACAGUCGCUCGUUUGUGUUGUGGCAACUCAAGCCGGCGAUGCAACUGUUGCGCAACCGCAUUAAGUUGCAACUGGUCCCGUUUGGGAAGGCUAGGAGUACGAACACAGGCUACGGUUUCGAAUGCCAGCACGGCCCUUCGGAGUGCCUGGGUAAUGUGGUCCAGGACUGCGCGCUGAGUCUGAUGUAUGAUCGCGACGAUUCUGAGAAGACUGAGUAUGUGGCUUGCGAAAUGUCAACUCUUGCCGGAGCCCGGGGCAGUCUUGAGUGCGUACAAAAUGCAAACCUGGCUGGUGCUGCGGUGAACCAGUGCAUCUCCUCCGGGCGGGGUAGGCAGCUGCAACUAGAGUCUGAGCGUUUAACCAACAUGUACAGUCCCAGAUUCAUACCCACCGUUGUUAUUAAUGGGAUAUUCAACCAGCGGGUACAAGACAUGUCACAAGUGAAUCUAAUUGAUACUUUAUGUAGAAUACUGCAACAGCCAUCUGAAUGUAGAUCAUACAAAAACUCUAACUACUUAUAGAAAUGAGCAAAAUAAAUUAAUAUAAUAAUAUA